AUUGGACUCUUCUGCAUCUUUUGCACGUUUUUAGGCCUCUCGCUGUGUCUAGUCUUCCAAAGAUUGGGAUCUUCCAGAAUAGAUUGUAGGAACUGGUGGUGGAGACCAGCAACUCCUCAGUCACAUUGUAGAUAAUGGUCUUUGUCUUCCUAGCCGAGGCCCAUGGCGUUCCGCCACAUGGAUCAUUUCUAAUCUGAAGCAAUACGGGGUGUCCUUGGCUCGUGUGCACCUCCAGCCUGAACCCGGGAAGACUGUCUAGAAACGUGAACUCCGAACCUCGCUGCCCAUCCUCCACAGUGGAUUCUACAAGAUACUAGAAGACAGAGAGGACAAUGGCCAAUUCCAGUAUCAAACGCUUGGCCGUCACACUCAUGGACACCUCCACAGACAAGGACCCCGAUGUACAGGAGCAGAUCUACAGCUCUCUGUGCUUCAUGGGAGAGACGGCAAUGGUGGAGGUGCUGGAGUCAUGCGACUCUUACCUCCGACAGAACAAGUUAUCCACUACUCAUCGCACCAUCAUCCUGAGAGCAAUGGAGACCAUAGUAAGGGAAAACCUUUCAAAAUUGAACAAAGAGACAGCAAAGAUGGUCAUCCUGCUGGCCUCAAAUGAGAUGACCAAAUCAAAGGACAUCGUGUUUGAGUGGCAGCAGGCGGCCAGUAACGUCCUUGUCGCGGUUGGUAGGAGCUUCAUUAACAACGUCAUGGAGGAGAUUCUGCUGAAGUUCCAGCCGGGGAUCCUCCCACACUUCUUUAUCAUGCAGACGUUGGCCAAUCUCUCGGUGGCGAAUGUGUUUGGGAUGGUCCCGUUCCUGAACUCCAUUCUGGGGACCAUGCUGCCAAUGUUGGGGAUGGCCAAACAGGACCCCAUGAAAGCCGUCUUCUGUGUGGCUCUGCAGCGUUUCAGUGAGAGUGUUCUGGAGUAUCUGGCUAACCUGGAUAAAGCUCCGGACCCCACCGUGAGGAAGGACACCUUCUCCAAUGAGCUCUUCAACGCCUACGAUGUCCUCUUCAAUAACUGGCUGCAGAACCGCGAGUCCAAGGUCAGGUUGGCUGUGGUUGAGGCUCUCGGGCCGAUGAGUCACCUGUUGCCCAAUGAGAAGUUGGAGGAGCAUCUCCCGCGGCUGAUCCCUGGCAUCCUCUCUCUCUAUAAGAAGAAUGUGGAUGCUUUCUAUGUAACAAAGAGCUUCUGUCAGAUCCUGGAGAGCGCCGUGGCCAAUGACAGCCGGACUCUGGAGCCUCUGAUGGACUCUGUGCUGGCAGCCCUUCACUCCCAGAUCUGCUCCUCCAUGGACUCCUCCACUCUGAUGAUGGAACGGAAUAAGAAUGAGCUUCUCCGCUGCUUCACAGUUCUUGCUGCCAAGUUCCCCGAUAAUUUGCUGUCAUUUUUACUCCCCAAAAUGGAGACCAGCAACCCCAAAGUGCGAGUGGGAACCCUGAUCAUCCUGAAACAAGUCCUCAACUCUGCCGCGCCAUUUAUGGAAGUGAAGAAAUCGCUAAUUCUGGCGGCUGUGAGACAUCCUCUGCAGGACAACAGCAACCGGGUACGGCGGGCGAUGGUUCAGCUGAUCAGUGCCAUGGCACAUCACGGUUACCUGGAGCAGCCGGGGGGAGAGGUGCUGCUGGAGUACAUCAUCCGUCUGUGCUGUAUUACACCGGACAACACGCCGCGCAGACGGAACUCGGAACAGGAGGAGGUGACAGAUGAGAGUGUCCGGAGGAUCAGCAUCAACACCCUCUACCUGAUCAGCACCACUGUGGAUCGAAUGAUCAAUGUCCUGUGGCCCUACCUCCUGGAGUUUGUGGUGCCCAUACAAUACACGAAUGCCUUGAACCCGGUGUGUAAGAGUUUGGUCCAUCUUGGGCAGAAGAAGUUGGCGGACAAUGUGGAGUCGUUUCUAAUAAACUACAAUGUGAAUGUGAACCUACCGUCUCCGUUCGCUCUCUUCGCUCGUCUCUUGGUAGUAUCGGCCUCGCUGCAACCCAACGAUGGAAGAAACGCGGCGGCUCUGCAUCUUCUCUCCGUUCUCCAGAUUAAUAUCCACCCGGCUAUCGGCCGCUGCUGGGAGCAGGAAAUCCCCGGCCUGCUGCAGUCCCUGGAGGAGUCCGAUGAGAAUGUUCUGCAGCAGAAGGAGUGGGAGGAUAAACUGCUGAAGCUCCUGGCGGACUCUCUGCAGACGGUCGGUGAUGACGGGUGGACCUGCGAUCUCUCCCAGGAGAUGAGGAAACAGCUGAACACCUACAGCUCCUCCACCAUACAGAAGAACUUCCUAUAUAAGUGUGUUGGGACCACACUGGGAGCAUGCUGCAACCGGGACGUGGUGAGGAAAGGACUGCAGGAGCUUCUGACCAACGCCCAGUACCAGGAGGAGUCCGAGCGCGAGGGACUGGCCGUUGCCUUUGGGAUUUGCUCCGCCCAUCACCUGGAUGACACCUUGGAGAAGUUGUCGGAGUUCCUGAAGUCGGACAUCAUGAAGAAGAAUGUGAAUUUCUUCAAUCUGUUCAAGGAUCGGGCGGAUGGAGAUCUGGAGAAGAUAAAGAGCGCUCUGAUCCUGUGCUAUGGAUACGUGGCGGUCUACGCCCCCACAGAGCUUGUACUGCCGCGAAUCGAGUCCGACAUCCUACGCAAUGUCUUCAAAUACUUCCACACCAAGGUUCUGGGGAUAAAGGUAGAGCCCAAGGAUCUGUCCCUGAAGCUGUGCUUCAUACGCAGCAUCUCCAUGAUUGGCCUCGCCAUCUGUAACAGCUCUCAGGCCGGAUUCUUCAAUUUCAGCCGCAAGACGGAGCUGAUUUCACAGCUGGUGGAGUUUCUGAAGAUGGAGCCAACGGACGAGCUGAAGUCUGCAUUACGCCAUCGCUCCCUCCUGGCCUGCACCUACCUGGUCAAGCUGGAGCCGCCUCUGAAUGACACCAGCAGAUUGGAGCUGAUCAAUACGGCCCUUGGGAGCGUCUUUCCUCUUCCGCCGAUUGGCUCGGGGACACCGGGGGAGCUGCAUAAAGAGACACUCUAUGGGGACACUCUGGACGCUCUCGUAGAACUGUUGAGGAGCCUCAUCCUCUGGAAUCUGACUCCGCAGGGACUGCAGGACAUUUUCCAGAUCCUGAACCCCUGGAUCAGAUCCACCAAAGAGCAUGAGCGGGAGAGAGCGCUGGAGGUCAGUGCCCGGAUGCUGGAGUUUUACUUCCAGAAGCUGAACGUCAAUUCAGUUGUCACCUUUCAUAAUCUGGGGCUCCUGAUUGGACGGUUGUCACCUCGCUGUUCAGACUCUCUGGCCUCCAUCCGCCAGCGCACUGUGGAUUGUAUCUACUACCUCCUAAACAUCCAGCUGAGAUAUGAAGGUUUUGCUCCUGAUCACAAGGAUGAGUCGGUGGAGAAGCUCCUGACUCUCAGACCUGGUCUCCAGAAUCCAGACUCCAGCGUCUUAUUUCAAACCUGCUAUAGCAUUGCCAUGAUCAUUGGAAGACGCCUUCCUCCUGAGCAGCUCACCAGCCUUCUGUUCAUCACCUUCGAGAGCCUCUCCGACCCCGACGCCAACUGUUCCCGAGGAGCUACUGUGAUGAUCAACUCUUUGCUGAAAGACCGGGGUGGCAUCUUAUUGUCCAAGGUCCCGGAGAUUAUUGAUCGGGUUCGGGAGCAGCUGGAGGCAUCCUCUGAGGAACACGUUAAGAAAGCCGCAGUACAGACCGUCUAUAUCCUGGCCACACAACACGUGGCUGCCGUAGUCUCCAGCUUAUUGUCCAGCCCUCUUCCAUACGACAGUGAGACGUGUACCCUGUGGAAGGCGCUGUCCUCCGAUCCCCCUCUCACUUCUCAGGUGUUGGAGCUUCUACUGGCCAAGAUGACGGGUGACGUCCCCUAUAAGGAGAGCAAGACCUCCAUGCUGAGCUCCUGCUGCAAUCGUGUGGCCACUCUUCUCCCGCUGGAGGCUACGUGUGCAAUCCGGGAGGUGUUGUCCCAGCCAGAGUCCGCCCCCGCGGUACAGGAGCUCUUCCCCCAGAUGUUUGUGGCCCUCCUCCUGCGGGUCAGUUCCAUGGUGGGAGUCCAGCCUCCUAAGAACCUUGGAGCAGCCAAAGAGAGGAAGAGCCCCGGCCCAUCCAGGACCCUGGAUCCCUGCAG